AGCUCAUCACGUUUGCAUGUAAGAAAGCCUCCGAAUCCAUCAUCAUGCCGCCUGCACCAAUGCAGCAGGCUAUUCCGGUGAUGUUCAUGCAGCCGAGUGGGGAGGGGCCAAGUGCCCCCAGCAUGCCAGGACCUGGCAUGCAACCAAUCUUUGCUCCCAGACCGAUGGGCGGUAAAGGUGGCACCAUGCUGGUGGUGGGAAUGAAUGGAAUGAAUGGCAUGAACGGAAGGAAUGGCAUGAAUGGGUGUCUGAAUGGACCGGGAGGUGGUCCCAAAGAGGGCCUAGAAAGUGGGCCAGGUGGACCAGGGAAAGGUGGCAAGGGAGCUGUUGCAGGUGUCCCGGUGAAUGGUUUUGGGCCUGGCAUGAAUGGAUGCCAUGGGCCUUUCCCCUUGAACCAAGAGGGCGCGCAGCAGAACAUGGCCUUCAUGAUCGUCCCUGAAAGCCACAUUGAAGAGUACAAGAACAAGGGCGCAGUCCCUUUGGCCCAGGGCACAGCUGAAGAGAUGCUCCCGAACGGUGUGAAUCUGAACAUGUCGCAAGGGCCACUGGUGUUCGGAAAGGGUGGCAUGAAGGGUCAGCCUGGCUGCAUGGGCGGUGGCUUUGGCUGGGGGUCCGGCAAAGGGUCCUCGUACCGAAGAUUCUCUGACCGAGAAGACCGGCGGGGGUUUUCUCCUGGUCCGCGGGAAAGGGGGCCCUUUGGCAAGGGGAAGGGAGAUGGCAAGGGGGGCUUUGGGAAGGAUGGGAAGGGUGAUGGCAAGGGAGGCUUCAGCAAUGGGAAGGGAGAUGGCAAGGGAGGCUUCAGCAAUGGGAAGGGAGAUGGCAAGGGAGGCUUCGGCAAGGAUGGGAAGGGAGAUGGGAAGGGUUUUGGGAAGCACAACAGCUUUGGAAUGCCCCGGCACCCUUUGAAAAUCGGUGGGCAGUUCCAACAGUCUGCCCAGUGGCAGCAACCUUUGCCAGACGGGAGUGUUGCCACAGUGUACCUGAUCGCUGAUCAGGAUAACCUCCAGCAAGCAGCAAGAAGGUUGAACUUCGUGGGACAUGGUGCCAUCAUUGUCAUGGAUUGUCAUGGAUGGAAUCUGAAAGCGGCCGCCGGAAAGCUUUGUUUGUUGAGCAUUGCUUUCAUGGAUGGCACUCCACAGCUCUUCCUGAUUGACGUGCUACAAUUGGGUGAGCAAGUUUGUACCCUCAUGCCCUUUUUCACCAAUCCAAAUGCGUCCAAGUUCACGGCCGACGCCUCCACCCACGCUACGGUGCUGGCCCACAAGUUCGGAAUCAACUUGGCGGGGGUGAUCGAUGCGCAGUGGGCCUAUGAAACGCUUCAGAAGAAAACGAUGGUGAGGCCUCUUGAGGUGCUUGACUGGUGUGGCCUAGCUCCACCAGACUUCAAGCAAGAGACUCUGCAAUUGGAAGGAACUCCUGAGGUGUGGGGCCAAAGACCUCUGCCACAACGGACCUUGACCCAUGCCGCGCAAGGCAUUGGCCUACUCCAGGCGGCGGCUGCGGUGGUUUGGAAGCGCCUUGCAGUGGCCUUUGGCAAGGAUGUGUUCGAGAAGGUGUCCAGUGCGUCUCGCCAGCGCGCCGAGAUGGCGGCCGCCGCCGGAUGGGCCUGCCGCCACGCGGGGCUCUUCACCGCGGAGCAGGACUAUGAGACGCCCGACAAGGACUCUGAGAUGGAGGAUUGGCUGGCGAAGCGCUUCGGCAAGGAACCCUCGAGCACCUCCGCCGCCCUCCGAGCACGCUCUGCUGAGCGUCCCAAGCUGCCCGAGACUGCGUUUCGAGAGGGAGACAGUCCGCGUACCGCUGCCUGGCGAGCGCGCUUGGCCGAGAUGAAUCCUCCCCGCAUCAUUCCGUCCCGGCAGCGCUCCGCCAGUCCCACCCUGCACUCGUGGCUCGAGCGGCGAGAGACCGCGCGCGCCGAGAAGAGGAAGGAGGGCGCUGCGCAUCGUGCUUCCAGCUUACCCUCACGCAGAAGGGAAAGGGAUCAGGACGAGGAAGACUUCGUCCCUCGAGACCUUCAGCCCUUGAAUUUUGACCGCCUGGAGAGAAAGAAAUGGAAUGAGCUUGUAGAGGAAGAUGGUGCAAAGGAAGAAAAGGAGGAAGAAAAGGAAGAUGAAAGUGAUGGUGACUAGCAAGUCUAUUGCGCCUCUUGCCAAUCACCGGCCCGGGUUUUUGGGCUCUGGGAUCCUGAACAUCAAGAGGAUCAAACGAUUCUCCAUGAUCGAUCCAGUCAGCCUCAAACAGAAGAGUGACUUGGU